AUGACGCCGCCUCUCUCCAUGACCGCCCAGGAUGCGAUGCCAGGAGGAGCCAUCAGUACUACCCCUCCGGGACUGGCCUCAGGGCAUAACCUCGGAAGACCCGGUCAGAUGGCGGAGGGGGAUAUCGACGUCAGCAUUAAUGAUUACCUGAUAGACGAGGCGUCCUGUCUCCCGCCAUUCCCAGAUUACAACCUCGACUGGGCGGAUAUCAUGAGAGAUAUCGAUGUCUUCCGCGUUCCCGAUCGGAUCGAUCUGGGUAAUUCCCCGGACAAUACCGUGCUGGCAGGCGAGAUAUUUCAAGAACGGAUCGUGAAUGCAGUCAAGCGUUUAAAGGCAUACCCUGACCUGUUUGUACGGGAAGGCAAAACACCCUUUAUCCAUCCAGAUCUAUACCACGACUCUCUUCCUGAGUCCAUUCAAGACGCUAUGAUGCUUUGCGCUCUCUACAAGGAAAAGAAUGAGGCCAACGAGGCGUGGGUUUUCCGCUGUAUCAAUUCAAAGACGGCCAGUCUACUGGACAGAUUAGCGCAAAGUCCACAGCUGGUACUUGAGCAGCUGGCCGCCGUACAAGCGUUGAUAUUGUAUCAGAUCAUCAGGUUGUUUGAUGGUGAUAUUCGUCAGAGGGCAGAAGCUGAAAGAGCAGACCGAACCAUGAGUAGCUGGAUCAAGCAGCUCCAGCUCUAUAUGAACCCUGCUGAUAGUGAUCUGCAAGCAGAGGAUUGUCCAGCUGUGGAGAAAAACAACGACCGUUGGCAGAACUGGCUACUGGAUGAAAGUGUGCGACGCACAGUUAUUACCUGUUAUACACUACAAGGGAUGUACAGCUAUCUCAAAAAUGGGUGGGAUAACUCGCACAAUGAGUUCAAAUGUCUAUCUUUCUACACUCAAAAAGCUCUGUGGGAUGCCUCUUCAGAUUAUCAAUAG